CCUCACAGUUUCCAGCUAGUAUUUAUCUUGUCUUUGAUCUAUUUUUUGCUCUGGCUUUGGCUCAAGCUGCACUCCUCCUCCUCCAACUGGAUUUUGAGGGUCACGGCAGAGCUGGAGCCAAUCAGAGCUGACACUGGGCGAGAGGCGGCCUACACCCUGGACAGACUGCGCAGACUUGGACAGACACAAGCGGAAGAGAGAGAAAGUCAAAGUGCAACAGAAUUGCAGCUGCAAGCGGGACGAGGCGUUCAAAAACAAGAAAACUGAAGAAGAAGUCAGGAUUUAGGGAUGCAUUCGGACUUGGAUUUGAUUAAACAGAACAUGGAUUUUUGUAAAUAUUACAUCAUGGAGAUAUUUCAGUGUUCUGACAGAGCGUAGGCGGGAGACGUUGGUUCACAACAGAACUACUAACCUGGCUGCACCUAAGUGGAGCAUAGGUUGGACAAGAAGGAUCAUCCCUUUUGGAGACUAAUGCAGAUGGUGUCCAUUGCUCUGUGUGGUGCAAUGGAAGCAGAGCCAUGUUCUGAAGACCAUGAGAACUCUGAAGUGGAGCCUACAGAGCCUGAGGUAAGAGAUGCCACUUCUGAGUUCGCUGACAAGGGCGGUCUUACCGAGCUACCCUGCGGGCCUGCAGAGGAUUGCCAGGAGCCGUGUGAGAAGGAGCAAGCUGAGACAGAGAGCUGUGCAGAGGAAAGUAAAACCACUGAGAUAAAAAGCCCCAGCAAUCCUGAGCAAGAAACCGCAGAAACAGGAUGCAAAGAACGGAGGAAACUGAAAAAAACAAACAGCUGGAAGAUGGUGCGAUUCCAAGAUCCAUCAACAGAUGAUGAGGUGUUGGAGAGGGACAGCUCAUCAGAGAGUCUCUUUCCCGAAUUUGCAACAGAGGAGUGGACUUCCUCGACCUUUGAGGAGCUGUUUGGGAAAGAAGAUUGGCAGGACAUCACAGAUGACCGGCUGUUGAGAAAGAAGGUGCUGGAGUGCGAGGCCUGUUGUGCCCUGCAGCCCACCUGGGGCCAGGAGGUUACUGUGAAGAUGCAGUGUGUCCUUGAGGACCGCACUGUGGUGGAGAAGGACUCCAAGCUUGUUUUUGUAAUUGGAGAGGGAGAUGUAAACCAGGCCCUGGAGGAGUGUGUCAUAUCCAUGCAGAAGGGCGAGAUCACAUUACUGCUGGCAGAUUCACAGUAUGCCUAUGGACUUCUAGGAAGGGAGCCUGAUAUCCCUGCCUGGGCUCCUCUACUCUAUCAGCUCCAGCUGCUGGACUUCAGAGACAAACCGGAUCCGUUAACUCUCCCCGUUGCCGACCGCAUCCGCAUUGGCAACCAGAAACGAGAGCGAGGAAACUUUCAUUUCCAGAGGGAGGAAUACAGCAUGGCUGCAAGAGCCUAUUGUAUGGCUCUGGAUGUGCUAACCACACACAGCAGAGAUGGGAACGAUGACGGCACUGAGGCAGAGGAGGAGGAGAUGUGCGAAUACCGGGUGAAGUGUUUAAACAACCUGGCCGCCUCUCAGCUCAAACUGGAGCAGUUUGAGGAAGCGCUGCAGACCAGCCGGGACGUUCUGGCCCUCGAGCCAAACAACGUCAAGGCACUUUUCAGGGUGGGAAAGCUCCUGUCAGACAUGGCCGAAUACAAAGAGGCAAUGGAGGUGCUAAAAAAGGCCUUGAAACUGGAGCCAGCCACCAAGGCAAUCCACGUUGAGUUGUCCAAACUUGUCAAAAGACAAUCAGGAGGCAAAGAAACCCAGGAGUGGAGACCUAAACCUGCAGAGGUGCUUGGAGACAAUAUUGCACCUUUCCUGAUUCCCUCUAAAAAGAAGCCACCUGGAAUGUCCUGGAAGCUCAUACUUGGUGCUCUGGUGGUGGCCUUGGGAAGCUUAGUGACGUCAGUCAUUCUGACUGCAAGAAACUGAUCCUCUGCAGCGAGCACUUUCUAAAUCCUCAUAACAACCAUCCUCCUCGUCCUCAUCAUCGUCGCCAGAGCCUGCUCUCUAGCCUGGUUUAGUCAGUUCAGUUGAAAAGAGUUUUUUACCGUAAAGAGGAGACGGUAUCUUGUGCAAAAUGCUUAAAAGCUGCAGCAGCACUGAUCCAAAAGAUGUAUUUAUGUGAGCUUCACAUGGUAGAAUGAUGUUUCACUGACUGGUGUGCAGUUUUUAUAUAAAAUGAGGAUAUUUAUAUAUACAGUAUCGAGUGAAUUGAUAAUGCUAGCAGAUUCCUGCUGAUCGAUAAGACAGAAGUCCCAUUCACUCAUAUUUUAA